AUGAGAUUCUUUUUUUUUAAAUUUCAUUUAACCACACUCCUGAAACAUAUAUUUCCUUUCCAUUACCAGCAUCUAAGAUUCACCUGUCAAGCUUCGAUUGUUGACUUUGAUUUCCCCAAUGGCUGGUGGUAUCCAGGCUGUCCAAAAUGCAACAAAAAACUUAGUGGGGGUGAAAAAAAUUACACGUGCAUGGAUCAUGAUGCUAUCACCUCUCUUCCAGUUCCAUGGUUUCGCUUAGAAUGCAUUGUUACCGAUGGAGAAGAUGUCACUAAUUUUUUUCUAUUUGGGAAAACUGCGGAGAACUUUUUUGGAUCAUCAGCCCACCAUUAUGUCUAUGAUAAAAAAUUUAUUGAUCCCUCAGUUCUUCCUCCUGCCAUGGCAGCAAAGUUGAACAAAAGCAUGAUUUUUCAGCUUCGAUUUGGUGCUUUCAGAUCCAUCACCAACAGAUGUGAGGUUAUCAUUACUAAUAUCUUUGACGACACCACAAAUAAGAGCAUCCAUCCUUUAGAAACACCAACUCCAGAACCUAAAUCAUCUGCUACAUCCAAGACAUCUACUCCAUUAAGCUCUAUGAAACAGGUUCUCAUAACUCCAUCAACUCCACAAAAUACUGUCACACAACUCAGGAUUGCUCCUAAUUACUUGGAGACACCACCUCAGAACAUAUCACCAAACAAGGAAACAAGCAUAAACAGUGAAGCACGACGUGCACUUGAUUUUGAAGCUGCAACACAGCAACUUAGUCAUGAAGAUGAGCAUGACAAAGCAAUUGAAGUCCAAGGAAACUUGGGAAACAUAGUUACAUCUGAGACAUUUGAUCACUCACUUCCACCUUUGAAAAAACAACGGACAACAUCCUCAUCAUCCUCAAAGGUUUGA